GUUUUUGUGGAUAACUUUGUUCACGGGGAUCUUCAUCCUGGGAACAUUCUGGUUCAUUGUCAGAAGCCUCUCGCUGGUUUCCCCGACUCCACCAGUGUCCCAGUGGACCACCAUGGGAAGACCACCCUUACCGACCUGUGGGACACAGUUGUGGUCAGUGUCAGACCCGACCCGUGUCCUGUCCAGCUGGUGCUGCUGGACGCCGGUAUCGUGGCCCAGCUCAGCGACUAUGAUCUGGCUAACUUCAAGGCUGUUUUCACAGCUGUGGUGCUGCAUCAGGGUGAGAGGGUUGCAGAGUUGAUUCUGCAUCAUGCCCGAGCCAAUGAGUGCAAAGAUGUGGCCCUUUUUAAGAAGGAGAUGUCAGAGCUGGUGGAUCACGCUGUCAGUAACACCCUCUCUCUGGAAAAGAUUCAGGUGUCUGACUUGCUCUCCAAGGUCUUUAGUUUACUCAUCAAGCACAAGGUUUCAUCAC